AGCUCCGCGCGCGGCGGCUGAGCGAGCGAUUCCGCAGAAGUGUCGACCAUGCAGAAGCUCCUGAUCCGAGGCGGGAAGGUGGUGAACGCGGACUGCUCCCAAGUGGCCGAUGUGUACAUCGAGGACGGGGUCGUGAAGGCGGUGGGGCCGCACCUCCAGCCUUCUGCCCUCGACGGAGUCCAGGCGCUGGAUGCCACGGGCAAGCUGGUUCUCCCCGGCGGAAUCGACACGCACACGCACAUGCAGUUCCCCUUCAUGGGGACGCAGUCAAAAGACGACUUUUAUCAAGGCACGAAGGCUGCCCUUGCAGGAGGUACCACGAUGAUAAUGGAUUUUGCAAUCCCUCAGAAAGGCUGUUCCCUCAUUGAAGCCUAUGAGCAAUGGAGAAGCUGGGCAGAUCCUAAAGUCUGCUGUGAUUAUGCACUACAUGUGGGAGUCACAUGGUGGAGUGAGCAGGUCAAAGAAGAAAUGAAAAUUCUUGCUCAGGAAAAGGGUGUCAAUUCCUUUAAGACGUUUAUGGCAUAUAAAAAUCUCUAUAUGCUUGGAGAUCCAGAAUUACACAUGACCUUCAGUCAAUGCAAACAAAUUGGUGCAGUUGCUCUAGUUCAUGCAGAGAACGGGGAUUUGAUUGCAGAGGGUGAAAAGAAGAUGCUGGCUCUAGGAAUAAUUGGUCCAGAGGGACAUGAAAUGGCCCGACCAGAAGAAGUGGAAGCAGAAGCCACGUUGAGAGCAAUUACCAUUGCAAACUCGGUGAACUGCCCUCUCUAUGUUGUACACGUGAUGAGUAAAUCUGCAGCCAAGGUAGUGGCAGAUGCCCGCAGGCAAGGCAAAGUCGUAUAUGGUGAGCCUAUAGCUGCAAGCCUUGGUACAGAUGGCACUCACUAUUGGCAAAAAGACUGGCCUCACGCAGCAGCUCACGUCAUGGGUCCUCCACUAAGGCCUGAUCCUUCCACUCCAGACUUCCUCAUGAAUCUUCUAGCAAAUGGUGACUUGACUUUGACUGGAACAGAUAACUGCACAUUUGACAUCUGCCAGAAGGCUUUGGGAAAAAAUAACUUCACAAAGAUCCCAAAUGGAGUGAAUGGAGUGGAAGAUAGGAUGUCAGUGAUCUGGGAAAAAGGAGUGCACAGGGGCAAAAUGGAUGAAAACAGAUUUGUAGCUGUUACUAGCACAAACGCAGCUAAAAUCUUUAACCUAUACCCAAAGAAGGGAAGAAUAGCUGUGGGCUCUGAUGCUGACAUUGUCAUUUGGGACCCCAAAGCUACAAGGACAAUCUCAGCAAAGACACAUCACCAGGCCAAUGAUUUUAAUAUAUUUGAAGGAAUGAUCUGCCAUGGAGUACCCCUUGUGACCAUUUCACGGGGCAAAGUGGCUUUUCAAAGUGGAGUCUUUCAUGUCAAAGCAGGAGAGGGGAGAUACAUUCCUUGUGACCCUUUCCCUGAAUAUGUUUACAAACGGAUCUGGCAACGGGAUCAGGAAUGUCAGCCUGUUGCUGUCAAGCGAGCACCAUAUAUGGGAAAAGUGAUCACACUUGGCACUGAACCAAAAUAACCUUCUGAUAUAGUUGAUGUUCUUCAGGUCAAAACAGGUGAAAACUAUUCUGUGACCUGCUUAUGCAAUCUGUUUUGGAAUCAUAUUAGCCUGCACUUCCUGAUUUGAAUGCCUGAAGAUUUCUGGAUGAUAUACCAAUCUGAUGAAACUGUUCUGCACUCCCCAUUGGUGUUUUAAUCCUUGCUAUCUCUUGGAAAAUUGCAGCAAGAUCCUCUCUCUGUUCAUGUACUUUGACUUCUAGAGAAAUCACUGUGGCUUUUCCAGCACAUGAUAAUCUAGUUCUCGAGUCUUCUUUUAGUGUCUGAUUUAGAGAAAUUAGAGCUAUCCGGUUAGAUGACUUAGAGCACCUGCCAUGAUUGUCUGUUAGAAGCAAAGCUGGACAGGAUGAAUUAUUAUUUGAUUUGAAGAGGAUGCAGCUUCUUAACUGCUGUUAACUCAGCAGUCUUUGGAAGAAAUGUUCACAGCUUUAAGGCAUGAGUUAAUCCUAACAGUGAAAACAAUCAUGAUUAAACUGGAGAUGUCACUUAGGACAUGCCUGUCCUUGAAAGCUAAGUGAUGGCCUCAUCCAAAGCGCCCCCCCAACCCAUUUUCUUGAAUCUUGGAAAACAAUAUUUAGGUCCUCCUACUGCACUCACUUUCCGGGUGUGUCCAUUCAACACCUUUCCGGAAGCAGAUUCCAGAAGCAGAUCUGGUUCUAUCUGUUCACAUGGCAUGGAAUCAGCUUUUUGGCUCUGUUCAUAUGUAUUUAAUAAGAUUUUUGGGUCUGUUCUGGUUUACUGAGCCUGGAGCAAAGCUGGAUCAUCCCUAAGCAGUUUUUGCAAUGCUUACCUGUUUUUCGGUUGGCAUAGCUCUUGCCUUGCCAUCUGAAGACAACUGGACCAGACUUUUAAAUUUUUUAAAAAAUGCAGUGGAUCUGAUUUGAGGAAUUUUCCACAACAAAAUAAAUGUCUUUUUUCCUUGCUUCAAAGAAGGAAGGAAGGAAGGAAGGAAGGAAGGAAGGAAGGAAGGAAGGAAGGAAGGAAGGAAGGAAGGAAGGAAGGAAGGAAGGAAGGACUGCAUUUUAGAAUGUGCAUUUUGUCAUUGGAUAUGUGUAGAGAGAGGGGUGACUGACGUCUAAUUCUAAUUGGCUUGGAAUAACUAAAACCCUUCAUUUCAUAUUAGGUCUUUCAUCUGUGGAAAACAGAACAAGAAAUGGAAAGCAGGUAGAGGAAUUGAAGACACUUGGUGAUAAUAUAUCAGGAAAGGAAAUACCCAUCUGAACGACAGAAUAGGGCAAAAAGUGGAGGAGAAGCAAUUGGGCAUAUUUUUUAGAAGGCAUAAGGAAGCAAACUGAAAACAGUAAUGAAAGAAAUUGGGGGAGGGGCAUAUACAUUUAAUAUAUUAUUACAUCAUCAUCAUCAUCAUCAUCGUUAAAUACAUGGAAAGGAACGAACACUUUGACAGGGUGUCAGGAAACAGUCUGCUCAACUGAGUAACCUCAAGCUGAAUGGCACAAUUUUGCAGGGAAAAGUGAACCAGUAUAAGGGGAAAAAAGCAAAUGUUUUUGAUACAUUUUUCACUCACAGAGCCAUAGAUUUCUUUAAUGGUUUUCAGUCAGUGUUUUGCAAAACAGGCACAAACUUUUGAAGUUCCAGGAGCUCUUCACCAGGCAAAAUAGUUUAAGAACCUGUGGCUAAUGCUGUAAAACAGGGUUUUCUUUUUCCACAUCUGUUUCUUUCUUCCUGGCACUUCCCAGUGCCUGGAGGAUAGGAAACCAAAAAUGUAACUGCAAAAGAAGAAGGAGAGGGAGGAGGAGAAGGAGAAGGGUUAGUUUUACUUAUUCCAAAAUAAGGGUUUUUUAUUUGGUAUCUUUCUCCUAAGCAGGAUUGAAAAGCUAAUGAAGAAAGAAAAGGAAAAUUAUGAGUGGUUUUGCACCCAUUUCAAGCAGAUGAAUACUAAGCAUUUCUUCUCCUUCAUCAUUCUGGCCAGGUAUUACUGAUGGAGGAAGAGAGAAGAUUAACUUUAGGCUCAUGUGCAGUGCAACAAUGGCUACAGGUAUUUUAUACAGAGACAACAUCUAUGUGAGUCAAAACAUCACUUCUGUACAGAGAUAUUACCAGAGCAAUGUGGGUCUAGUACCUAAGUGAAUUCCAUAUGAACAUUCCCUUUAGGGCAUUCGUGGGGAAAGAAAUAUUGAUCCCAGAUAAGGCUUAGAUGUUUAUUUUUGGUGGAUUCUACAAUUAGAUUCUGAAUAGUGCUGCCCCAACCAACACUGCAUUUCAUGUUAUUUACAGUUUACCUUUGCAAAUGAAUUGAGUUUCCUUUUCACAUUUUUCUUGGAGAACUUGGAUCUUCUGUUUAAUAAUUUUGUGUGUAGAUAUUUUAUCCGUUU